AUGGCCGGACCUGACUCCAAUGCCACGCCUCCAGCAGAUCCCCAGUCACGAGCCUGGAUCACCCUAAUAACUCGGGCCUCGUAUUUACCCGGCGUGAUUCUCCUGAUCCACACUUUACACAAGCACAAGUCCAUACACCCUAUCAUCGUCCAAUACACCUCAACGCUCCCUCAGGACUGCGUCACCUGCCUCCAAGACCUCACUUCCAUCUAUCCCCUUCUCCGACCACAAUUGGUUGAACCAAUCCUCCUUCCUAAAGAUUAUUCCAAUUCCAUAGCCUCUCGCUUCGACGAUACCUUGACCAAACUCCGGGCUUUUGAACCUUUAUCCUCGCCUUCAACUCUCAAGACACUGGGAUUAAAAAAGGCACCAGAGACACUAUGUUUCCUCGACGCCGACAUUAUGAUCUUCAAGAACCUCGACGACAUCUUCGACAUUCUUCUACCUGGAAAUGAUUGGAUCGCAGCACACCACGCCUGCAUCUGUAACAUCGACAACGAUCCCUGGGCGCCGCCUGAGUGGAAGAAGGAGAAUUGUCCGAUGACUCCGCUCAAGCACCCCGAAGCUCUACAAGGUCUGGUGCCGAGUACGACAUCCGAGUUGAAAGCUUUAGAUUCCGAAAAGCAGGAAACCUACCGUCUUCUCAACUCUGGCGUCUUCGUCUGUCGUCCCUACCAGGAACUCUGGGAACAGAUUGAGAAAUUCCGCACUGAAGAUCCUCGAGUCAAAGACUUUGCGUUUCCUGAUCAGAACUUUCUUGAUGUCUUCUUUCGGGAUAGAUGGGUUGCGAUUGGUUGGCAGUAUAAUSCCUUCAAGACACAUCGUUAUUGGCAUAGUGAGGCGUGGAGAGAUGAGGAGGUGAGGGCUUUGCAUUACAUUGUUGACAAGCCAUGGGCGAAGAGAAUUGGUCAAGAUGGCAUUGGAGGGUAUCAAGGCAGAGAUGGACCUACGCAUAAGUGGUGGUGGGAGGAGUACGGUAGAUGGGAGGAGUCUGUUGAGAAAGAGGGAAAGGGCACGAACGUGAGGGAAUGCAUGAGGAGGUAUGCUGCGAAGCCUCUUGGGGAGACAGGUGCAUGA